UCAUCAAGUAAAGGGGACCAAACAGAAAGCUUACACGCACACACCCCUCCUAGAUUAACCAAUGCGAAGAGACUCGAAUGAUGUCGUAGGUUUCGUUUUAUGGGGAGUUGAGCCGGCAAGGCUGGUGCUUUUUAGAUUGUGUUUCACUGAAAGGGCAUUUAGUUGCUUAAGCCGGUAAUUACAGUGUGUUGCGUGGCAGAGUGUUAUAUUGAAAAGUACAGAACGUGUUAGUUUCGUUCGAACUUGGUGCUUAGUAACGUAUAUAAAUUUGUUCACUUAUUCCUUCAGUAUUGGUGUUUUUUGUUUUGGGUUAGAAGAUGAUAGCUUCUCAUCUCCUCGCGUACUUUUUCACCGAAUUAGGUCACGACCAAGUACAAAAGGUUGACAAGUAUCUUUAUCAUAUGAGGCUCUCUGAUGAAGUUCUUGAAGAUAUAAGCAAGAGGUUUAGAAGAGAAAUGGAAAAGGGACUUGGUGAAGGCACAAAUGCUACUGCUUCAGUGAAGAUGCUUCCAACGUUUGUUAGAUCAACACCAGAUGGAACAGAAAAUGGAGAGUUUCUGGCCUUGGACCUUGGUGGUACCAAUUUUAGGGUAUUGAGAGUGAAAGUUUCGGAUAAUGGUCGUCAAAAGGUCGAAAUGGAAAAUCAAAUAUAUGCCAUUCCAGAGGAUCUGAUGCGAGGAAGUGGCACACAGCUGUUUGAUCACAUUGCUGAAUGUCUGGCUAACUUCAUGGAACAACUGAAUAUUAAAGAUAAAAAGUUACCAUUGGGAUUCACCUUCUCAUUUCCUUGCCAGCAGUCGAAGCUUGAUGAGAGUAUACUCGUAAACUGGACAAAAGGAUUCAAAGCAUGUGGUGUGGAAGGACGUGAUGUUGUCCAGCUGUUAAGAAAUUCUAUCAAGAGAAGAGGGGACUUUGAUAUUGACAUAGUUGCUGUGGUUAAUGACACUGUAGGGACGAUGAUGACUUGUGGCUAUGAUGACCACAACUGCGAGAUUGGCCUAAUUGUUGGUACUGGUUCGAACGCUUGUUACAUGGAGGAGAUGCGUCACAUUGAAACUGUGGAAGGAGAUGAAGGGCGCAUGUGCAUAAACAUGGAAUGGGGUGCUUUUGGAGAUGAUGGUGUGCUGAAUGGUAUAAGGACUGAAUUUGACAGAGAGAUUGAUAGAGGCUCUAUAAAUCCUGGAAAGCAGCUGUUUGAGAAGAUGAUUAGUGGCAUGUACAUGGGUGAGCUGGUCAGACUAAUAUUGGUGAAGAUGGCUAAAGAAGGGCUGCUCUUUGAGGGAAGGCUUACCCCAGACCUCCUUACAACAGGCCAUUUUGAGACCAGAUUUGUUUCUGCAAUUGAAAAUGAGAAAGAAGGCAUAGAAACGGCGCUAGAAUUGCUAACAAAGCUUGGGCUGGAGCCUUCUGAAGACGAUGCCAUUGCAACUCAACGCAUAUGUCAGAUUGUUUCAACUCGCUCAUCCAACCUCUGUGCCGCUACACUUGCAGCUGUGCUGAAGCGCAUUAAAGAAAACAAGGGAGUAGAGAGAUUACGCACUACUGUUGGCGUUGAUGGAACAGUGUAUAAAAAGCAUCCACAGUUUGCAAGGAGGCUUCAUAAAGCAGUUAGGCGCCUGGUACCAGAAUGUGAUGUCAGAUUCGUCCGAUCAGAAGAUGGUAGUGGGAAAGGAGCAGCCAUGGUCACUGCUGUUGCUUCUAGACUAAUUUCCCAGCAGAUAGCAAGAGAGAAAACAUUGGAGCCUUUGAAACUGACGAAUGACCAGUUGCUAAAAGUGAAGCAAAGAAUGUUUGUUGAGAUGGAGAGGGGAUUAAAAAAAGAAACUCACAACAGUGCAACUGUUAAAAUGCUGCCUACUUAUGUGCGCAGUACUCCAGAUGGAACUGAAAGAGGUGAUUUUUUGGCUCUGGAUCUGGGUGGGACCAAUUUCCGAGUUUUGCUUGUACGUGUCCGUAAUGGCAUGAGACGUGGUGUAGAAAUGCACAAUAAAAUCUACACAAUUCCACAGGAAGUAAUGCAAGGAACAGGAGAAGAGCUAUUUGACCAUAUUGUGCACUGCAUUGCUGACUUUCUAGAGUAUAUGGGGAUGAAAGGACUUGCUCUUCCACUUGGCUUCACAUUCUCAUUCCCCUGUCAUCAAAACAAUUUGGAUCAGAGCAUCCUUCUAAAAUGGACAAAAGGUUUCAAGGCAACUGGCUGUGAAGGGGAAGAUGUUGUUCAUCUGCUCAAAGAAGCAAUCCAUAGGAGAGAGGAGUUUGACUUGGAUAUUGUUGCUGUGGUGAAUGAUACUGUUGGAACCAUGAUGACGUGUGGCUAUGAAGAUUCCUGUUGUGAAGUUGGCCUUAUUGUUGGUACUGGAAGUAAUGCUUGCUACAUGGAAGAGAUGAAAAAUGUUGAAUUGGUAGAGGGCAAGGAAGGCAGAAUGUGCAUCAAUAUGGAGUGGGGAGCAUUUGGAGACAAUGGCUGCUUGGAUGACUUUCGAACUGAAUUUGACAUGGCAGUUGAUAACCUUUCUCUCAAUCCAGGAAAGCAGAUUUAUGAGAAAAUGAUCAGCGGUAUGUAUUUAGGAGAAAUAGUAAGAAACAUUCUUAUCGACUUCACAAAGCGAGGCCUCCUGUUCCGUGGUCGGAUUUCUGAGAGACUGAAGACUAGAGGAAUAUUUGAAACCAAAUUUCUGUCUCAAAUAGAGAGUGAUCGUUUGGCGCUCCUGCAGGUUCGUGCUGUGUUGCAGCAUCUUGGUUUGCAAAGCACUUGUGAUGACAGUAUUAUUGUGAAGGAAGUAUGCACUGUGGUAGCCAAACGUGCUGCCCAGUUGUGUGGUGCAGGCAUGGCAGCAGUCGUAGAUAAAAUAAGAUUAAACCGUGGCCUCACGUCUCUAAAGGUCACAGUGGGAGUGGAUGGCACACUUUACAAACUUCAUCCUCACUUUUCAGUCAUCAUGCAAGACACUGUAAAAAUACUGUCUCCAAACUGUGAAGUUACAUUCAUUGAAUCUGAAGAUGGCAGUGGGAAAGGUGCAGCACUCAUCACUGCAGUGGCAUGCAGAGUAAGAGAAGCUGGACAGAGGUGAAGAUGGGUUCAGUUCUGCUUGAAAUUCAGAUAAGGACCAAUCCAUUCAACUAAGUUUGUAGCCAUGUUAAACACACUAGUUUGUGUUUUGGUCCUAUGAACUUUUAACAUGACACGACACUUUCACAGCAUCUCUUCUGCAAGAGUUGGGAGGAAGUCUUUUUGCUUUGAGUUUGUUUACAGUUGCAGUACUAAUAUUUUAACAGCAGUCCUCCAUAUUUCAUUGAAUUGAUGCUACGUGUGUAAAGACUUGUUUCUUAGGUAUCCAUGAAGGAACCUUCCCUACUGUGGGUGCUAUCAAUGAAGGAAUCUUUCACAGUAAAGAACUUCCAGCUGGAAAAACUGUAUUUAAACGUGAAAUUUGCCAUUAAGGAAGAUGCAUGCAGUAACAGGUUGUGCAACACUGAUUUACUUCUGGAAUUAGACUAUUGAGUCCAUGGCAAACUAUUGUAGGGCUCUGUAUAAUAAGAGCCCAGAGUCCAAAAUUUGAGGUGCAGUCAUCACUGCUCAGAAUCUUUUACUUCAGAUUUAGAAAAUCUUUCAACUGAGAAGCAAGUGUGCGUGUAGACUGGCAAGUUUACUGCUGCUAUUGUUUCUAUUUGCUAAUACAUCUACAUUAGCAAACAAGAGCCAUGUUAUAACUGCAUUGUGUUGAUUUAAAUCUUAUUUAUUCUUUUCCGUUGUAUUCUUAGCCUUUUCUUGUUUUAGGCUCACUCGAGCAAGAUCAAAUGCCACAAAGUGGCUUGAUGUGAUUUUUAACAGCAAAUAUAACACUCUAGUAAGAUAUGAAACCUCUUCAAACCCUGCCAUAAUUUAAUGUGGCUUGAGUGUAGGCUUAAGUGUAGGCUAUUAAGUUAUGCAGAUAGAAUACAGUGUCAACACAAAGUAAUGCUUUUGGCGGAAGUGUGUUGUAAGUAGAAUGCAUCAUGGUUCCUUCUCCCAGUGGUUUUCAACAUUGCAGACCACUCCCAGUCUUAACAGCCUGCUUAUAUUAAGUAGGAAAUCCCCAGGUUUGAUAGUGGUAUUGAAGAUGGUGUGAAUGGAAACAUUUUUAAAUGUGUUGUGUUGCGUUCAGUUUGUGGCUGAUGUGCUGAAACAGCUCCAUUUUAUAUAAAGAGUUGAAUAAUGCAUACUUUAGUCGCACCUAUGUAUUUUCUAGCAUUCUAGAACAAUACAACUGAUUUAACCACAUGGCUUUCUGUUCUGCACUUUAGACAGGCUGUGGGACUAAAUUUAAACUGUUCAGUCAGAUAGUCAUUGGAACUGGUCAUGAAACUGACUUUAAGAGAAUCCCAGGUUGCAAGAUUGGGUUAUCUGUGAGCAUGUGUAUUGAACAAAAGUUAUAGUUUUGACACAUGGACACUGCUGCUAUUUAGGAUUUGUUCCAUUUUUGAUUACUUUUGUAUCAAAGGUAAUUUCUGUAUAGAAUAUAGAUGUGCUUAAACAUUUAAAAGGACAUUGAACCACACAGAUCCAACAAUAACAUUUAAUCAGUGGUUAAACCCCUGUAUAUUGUGGCAGGGUAGAUUUGGACAAAAUUUGUCUUCCUACUGAACAGCAAGUGGACUGACUUCAUAUGAAGGGUAGUCCACAUGGACCUUUGCUAUGUGCUGUUGCUUGCACUCCAAGAUCAGAGUUGUUUUUUUAAACAUUACUUGGAGUACUUUCCAAGGUAUUCUCUGCUUAAAAUCUGAUGGGGUAACGAUGUCACUCUUUCUAGUAACAUGUGAACCCUUUAGUGGUCUUCACUCUGCUUUAAAAAGCUGCUUAUCCUCCUUUUCAAGGGCUCAAAGUGCUUCGACAUCUCCUUUAGCACUGUAAUGAGCUUGAGAGAUGCACCAUACAUAACGUCUGAAGGCCAUUAAUUAGGCUUGAGACCUGUUGGGACCAUUCCCAUGGUAAUGGUAUGGAUGUGAUGACUCUUUCUUUUUACUAUAUCACUGGUGGUGCACAGGUUUUCUUUACUGUACAUUUGCUCGUCUCCUUGUUUUUGAGUAGUUUGAUGCAGUUCAAACCUUUCUCAGCAUAGUUUUAAAUCCUUUGAAACAGACUAAUGUAGUGUAUAACAUAAAUUGCACUCUGCAAACAUUUAUUGCUCCUUUUGGGACAUGUGGAUAUGAUGACUGAUGCAUAACAUCUGAGGCAUGAUUUGUUAUGGAUGUUGGUAGUUCUAUAAUGGAUGCAUCAUAUUAAUACAGAUAUGUCAACAUGUAGAUAGGGGCCAAAGGAACCAAACUGGAUAAUAUCUGCUAACAAGAGAACAAAGCCUUACAUGGCAACAUACUUGGGUUUGACAGCCUUUUGUAUCUGCAGUACAGUGAUCUAAAUAUUCUCAGUUUUCUAAAGCCAAAGACUGUUCAUGAUGUGUGAGAGAUUCACAAUGAUGCAUAAUGUCAGUUCUAUUUAUGUAUUUAUUAUACAAACUAAUGUGAAAUGCUUCCUUAUUUUUGUACUUCAGAUGUUUAAUAGUUUAAGUCUUUGAAUUGUUUGGGGUAAAAUAAAAGAAAAAUAAAUGUUU